CGUGUAACUUCCUGUAAUCUCGGGUCCGUUCCUCAAAUCGUCCGCUGUUGUGGUUCAGAAGGCCAAGUACCGACGUGUCGGUCAUUUCAAAAACCUUAAAGAUUUAAGACGUGAUGGCUGCAACACUGCGUGUACUUUACUCUGCAUCAAGGCCAGGUUUUUUUGUGGCCAGCCAGAAUCUAGCAAGGUCCUUCAGUCUGUCGGCACAAAGGGACGGAUUCAAGUAUGUGAAUGCUCAGGAGAUCCCUGUCGACAUGAAGUCCAUCACAGACAGAGCAGCACAAACACUGCUGUGGACAGAGCUCUUCAGAGGUCUAGGCAUGACAAUGAGCUACCUGUUCAGAGAGCCUGCCACCAUUAACUACCCGUUUGAAAAAGGACCACUGUCGCCACGCUUCAGAGGAGAACAUGCGUUGCGCAGGUAUCCCUCAGGAGAAGAGCGUUGCAUUGCUUGCAAGCUGUGUGAAGCAAUCUGUCCUGCCCAGGCCAUCACCAUAGAGGCAGAGACGCGUGCCGAUGGCAGCAGGAGGACAACUCGCUACGACAUUGACAUGACCAAAUGUAUCUACUGCGGUUUCUGUCAGGAGGCAUGUCCUGUGGAUGCCAUUGUAGAGGGUCCUAACUUUGAAUUUUCUACUGAAACUCAUGAAGAACUGCUCUACAACAAGGAAAAACUCCUCAACAAUGGAGACAAGUGGGAAGCAGAGAUUGCUGCCAACAUACAAGCUGAUUACCUAUAUCGAUAGACGUCACACACAGACAUGCAGGUGUACAAAUGUACAGUAUACACGAACCAUCUUUUGCGCCCCACACACAUUUUGACUCAAACGCAGAGGAAAUGGAUGGUCAGUUUAGAUUUCGUUUUGUUGUCCAUUCUUAUUUUAAACAUAACAUAAAUAUCCUCAGUAUCAUAUUAUUCGAUAUUUAUUGUAGAACGAUCAAUACCUCACUGACUAUUUGUGUAAGGAGUCUAAAGCUGUCACAGCCUGGUCUAGUAUAUUAUCGUUCAAUGAAGACUAUACUUUGUGUGAAAAUUGAAUUUAAUAACAUGUAGACUGAGUCAAGCUAUGACAGUGUGAGCAUGUACCCCGAGGGUAGACUGCAAUCUGGAUUUCAUCUUCACUGUCAGUGUAAGGGUGUAUGGAUUAUCAUCUAGUGAGUUGUAUGUUCAUCAUGCUGCUUCCACUUUCAAGCAAAUAAAGAACCUUCUGGGAGAAAGUU